GCUUGAUGUUUAUGUCCACUGAGCAACGCGAGCACGGUGAAGUAGACACCCCGCAUGAGAAAUGGAUUCCACUCAGAUGAUCAAUGACUUACACUUGGAGUCAGAUGAAGCAAAAAGUGAAGAAGAGGAGAAUGAAAACCAAAGGGGUCAACCAUUGGCUAAACUGUGUGUCUUAAAAAAUGAACACAUUCCUGAGACAGAGUUUCCACUCUUUGCUGGAGAUAAUGUGCUGGGCCGUGACCCCAACACAUGCUCCCUGCCUCUGCCCGCAUCCUCAAUAUCUAAAAAGCAUGCCAUCAUCUCCAUCUCUGUCUAUCGGAGGAGAGGUGCUCAUGGUGAUAUGGAUACAGAGGCUUUGGUGUGGGAUCUUGGGAGCAUGAAUGGUACCCGCAAGGGCCGCUUAAAGCUGAGUCCUGAUGUACGCUAUGCCCUCAGUGAUAGUGACAGCUUGGUAUUGGCAGACAUCCCAUGUCAGUAUGUCACUGUAGACACAGUCUCUAUGCAAGAGGACACACGGACUCCUGUGAGCAGGAAUUUGGGAGUGAAGGCUGGGUUGCCUGGUGCCUCAGGAGAGAAUGGUGGGGACAAAAGCACAAACAGUAAGAAAUGUGUCAACGGAGGCACAAAUGCUACGGCAUCUUUAACAAAGACUCCUGUCAGAAUGGAUUGCUUGUCAUUUGAGCAAACACCAACCCAUCCACAGGGGACGCUGGUCCCAGAAUCUGAUUCAGACUCUGAUGAAGAAAGUGUCAGAGUUAAGGCUCUUGUUUCUGAGUCUGACUCCCAUAAAUCUAGUCCCACAUUUUUGAGUCCCCCAAACAAAAUCGUCCCAGAAAGUGAGGAUGAAAGUCCCAUCACGCCGUCCUCCUCUAAAAAUAGACUUUACAGACACGUCAGCUUCAGCAAAGAGGAGACAGAAGUAGAUGUGUUUGGACAGCCGCUUGAGGACAAAAAGGCAUUUGCAAUUGUGGACGACAGUGAAGAGGAGGAAGGGAGGGAGGAAGAAAGAGCCACACUAGAAGGGACAAAGUCUCAUACAAGUGGACAACAUGUGCCGAUGACAGAGGAAAGAGCUAUCAGUCUUUCAGGAGAGGAUGAAUUGCCUGUGUGUACAACAACACCCACCAUAGAGGUGCUCUCUGCAUUUAACGUGGACAGUGACACCGAUGUGGAGGGAGAGGAGGAAAAGGUGGUGUCUUCACCUCCUGUGACCUCGAACACAAACCCACUCAGCUGUCAGCUGCCAAACACAGCUGAGGAUCACAUGGACAGUGAUACAGACGUUGAUGAGGAUGAAGUUUCCUUGGACAAAUCUAAAAUGGUGGCGUCCUCUGAUGACAAUACCAAACCUCCUCAUGUACAUUCAGUUAUCCAACCUGAGGGUUUCACUGUGGACAGUGACACUGAUGUGGAUGAUGAUGCUCCUGUGUCAGGCGCUGACACCAAAGCAAAACCUGUGUCAUCUCUGAGUGCACCCACAGCUGACGCUGCUCCUUCAACACAGGUGAAGGAUUUCCACUUAGACAGUGACACAGAUGUUGAUGAGGAAGAAGAGAGUGGUUGUGAAACACACAAACCCCACUCUAAAGUCGAUGAAGCCCCCACUAGAUUGGAUAUGAAGACAAAUGGGGCUGAAUCUGCCUCUGCCAUUCAUAGCCUACAACUCGACAGUGACACAGAUGAUGAAGAGAUGCCAACUCCAAACCUCGGUGAGGUUCCUGCCGUCGACAUGGAAUCAUGCACCGUUGCAGAUGUCGGGCCUGAUAUUCUGUCCGACAGUGACACAGAUGUGGAAGACUCUUCUCCUCAGGUCACACCUGCGGCUGUCAAAGCCUCGCCAGUCUCUGCUGGUGCGACGUCAGAAGCUCUUCGAUCAGAUGACACAGACACAGAUGUGGAUGAAUCCAGCAAACCCCCUGCUGAGGAUGGGGCCAAUCCACCUGACCACAGAGGGGACAGUGAUAGUGAUACAGAUGUGGAAGAUAAGGAGGCAGAUGCGGGAGAGGCAGGAAAGGACCACAUCCCUAGCUUAUGCAGAGAAAGUACACCUAGGUGGCUGGUUCCCCUUCUUCAGAAGAGCUCUACUCCUAUAUUGACAGAAGAAGAACUGGAAAACAUGGACACUCAGGCUUUCCUUUGUCCCUCAGUGCCAUUCAGACGAGAGGUAGCACCUGUUAUAGGGGCUGAAGGAUUGUCAUCCUGCUCAGGCAGCCAGGAUGAUGAAGACUUUGUUGUGGCGGAGACUCAGUCUUUCGUUCUACAGAACCAAGACUGCCAAAACAACCCUCCAGAGGACCCCACACAAAUGUUUGGCCUUGAAAUGUCUGGUGAUGAAAAUGGUGAAGAGUCCACUCAGGAAGGGUCUUUUCAGCUGGGAUUGUCUGACAGCAGCCACCUGCAGUGUCAGGCCCAAGCUCUGGCCAUGGAGAGCACCCAAGCCUUUGUAUCUGUGGAGAAGAUUGUGAAUCUGGAAGAUACCCAAGCAUAUGCGGCCGCUUUAGCUGCAGACAUAACGCCUGCAGAUAUUGGGCCAAACCCGGAGGCUACACAGGCCCAUAAAGAGGCUGAGGAGCCUGCCAGAUGUUCAGGGAUGUCUGAAAAAGCAGGUCAGAAAGAUUUGGCUCUCGAAGAAACACAGGCAUAUAUUUCAAAAUCCUGCAGUGAUUCAGAUGAUGAAACAGAUGAAAAUGAGAGGAAAAAUACAAUCGCUAUGGCUGAGACACAACCUCUAGACGUUCUCACCUCGUGUACUCUUGCCAUGGCUGAAACCCAACUAAUAUCUGCCUUCGAGGAAGAGGGGAGUUUGGUAACAGACAAGGUUUUUGCCUCUGCACAACAAGUCAAGCCCAUGACACAGAAUGACACAGAAGAGAGUGAGCAACAAGGGGAGACAGCUCAACCUCAGCAGAGACCAACUGGUGAUGUUUUAUCCAUGGCUGAAACUCAGCCAAUGAACAUAUGUGAUGAUGAAGAUUUAUUUCCAUGUCCACAGAAAAGAAGAGCAAAGCCACUACAACUUGAAGAGGCCCAGACGCAGCCUUUCAUUAGUUCAGAUUUUUCUGUUGCUGAAACUCAGCCUAUAGCUACGAGUGAAAAUGAAGACAGUGAUGAUGAUGAUGAAGACUCAGUGCCUGGCCCAAGAAAAAGAAGAGCAGAAGCCCUGCUACUUGAGGCAGAGACACAACCCUUCCUUGCUGCGGGAACUCAGCCCAUUAGUGCAAGUGAAGGAGAGGAAAGUGAUGAAGACAACUCAGUUCCAGGUCCACGGAAAAGAAAAGCAAAACAACUACAUCUUGAAGAAGAGGAGACAGAAACACCCUCAAACUCUGAGCUCUCUGCAUUUGAAACUCAGCCAGUGGAUCCUGUUGAAGAGACUGAAAGUCAGGAAGAAGACUCUAUUCCAAUUUUACGAGAAAGAAGAGUUAAAGCGCUGCAAAUUGAAGUUACACAAUCCCUCUCUGAUUCUGAAGUCUCUGCUGCUGCGACCAAUCGUGCAUGUGAAGGAGAGCAAAGUGAUGAAGACAACUCAGUUCCAUGUCCAAGAAAAAGAAAAGCAAAACAACUACAUCUUGAAGAAGAGGAGACAGAAACACCCUCAAACUCUGAGCUCUCUGCAUUUGAUACUCAGCCAGUGGAUCCUGUUGAAGAGACUGAAAGUCAGGAUGAAGACUCAAUUCCAAUUUUACAUCCACGAAAAAGAAAGGCAAAGGCAUUGCAACUUGAAGAGGAGGAGACACAGCGUCUCAGUGUUGACACCCAACCUGUAGUUAGGGGUGAAAACGUGAGUGAUGAUGAGGACACUGGUCCAUGUGAAGCAAAGGCAAAGGCACUGCAGCCUAAAGAAGAGAAACCACCCACUGUCUCUGAGGUCUCUGCUGUUGAACCUAUGAGACAAAGGGGGACACAAUCUGAAGCUGAAACCAGUGGAGUGAGUGCUAGAAAUAAGAGAGGGACAAGGGCGAGAUUAAGAGAGAAGGAAGAGCAAGCAGAGAGUUCAGAACUUCCAAAGAGACGCACAAGAGGGAAGACCAGAGGAAGAAUGGGAAGAUCCAGGCCUGAUGGCGAUGACAGUGAGGAAGACAGGGAGGUAGAACAAGCAAUGACCGUUACAGAGAAGAAAAGCAUGAGACAGCAGCGAAAUAAUAAAGAGGAGGAAAAGUGUGAAACUGAAUCACUUGAGGAAGCUGAAAAGAGCAGCCAAAAAAAUGUAGAAAGGGAACAGAAAAACAUGGAAGCAGAAAGAAUACAGGCUGAAAAUGCUGAGAGAAUAAGAUUUGAACAGGAAAGAGCAGAGCAAGAAGAAAAAGAAAGAGUCGAUCAGAUACGGAGAGAAAAAGAGGCCCAGUUGGAAAAAGAAAGAAAGGAGAAGGAAGAAAAAGAGAGAUUAGAGCAUGAAAAUGCAGAACGAGAAAAGAAGGAGAAAUUGGAGAGAGAAAAGGAAAGAAAGGAACGAGAAGAAAGAGAAAGGUUGGAGACAGAAAAGAGGGAACUAGAAGAGAGACUUGCUAGUGAGAGGAAAGAAGAAGAACAAAUCAGGUUACAGAGGGAAGCAAAGGAAGAAAGAGAAAGACUGGCUAAAGAAAAUAAGACCAAAGAAAAAGAAACAAACGAGCGAGAAGAAAACAAGGAUGAACUGAACAAGGCCAAAGUGCCAGCAAGAGGUCGAAGAGCAGCUCGAAGAUCUAAUGUUGAUCAAAGUACAACAGAGCAAGACUCCAUUCUAGCCAGCGAUGAUGUCCCAGCAAGGAGAACCAGGUCUCGCUCCAACUCUUCCAACUCGAUCAGUUCAGAGAGAUCUGCCCCCAUCGUCAGCACCCAGCCGAGCCGGGGGAGAGGUCGAGGCAGAGGAGCAAAAAGGAUGAGUGAGGUGCCUCAGACAGUUAAUGUUAGGAGCAGCAACAGGAGGAGGACGACAGUGGCUGCAGCAGCAACAGAUCAGGACGUUUUUCCUCUUUCAAGAUCUAACUCCACCACUUCUCUGAACUCGGACAUUUCAGGCUGCAGCGUGAGCUCUCUGAACAGAGGAAGAGGAAGCCAGCGGCGAGGAAGAUCGAGGACAUCAGAGGCUGCAGCAUCUGUCAAAAGGCAGAGUGAUGACGAUUCACUUCCCCAACCCACAGCCAGAGGCAGGAAUAGCAGGAAAACAGAGGGAUCUGCAAAUGUUGUCAAAGAGGAUGAUGAGGAGAAGGUAGAUGCUCAGCAGACUCGUUCCACAAGGGGACAGCGCAGAGCCACCAGGAAUCCUUCUGUAUGUAACGCUGCAGAUGAGGAUAACAAGUCCAACCAAGACGAAGGUCAUGCCAGUGAGGAACCACAUCAUUCUAAGAGGAAUGUCAGGGGCAGAGCCCAACAGUCAGUCAGGAGUGACGCUGUGGUGACACCAGCAGCUGCUUCUGAUGGAGAUGAGACUGAAGACAAAAGGAAAGGCAGGAAGAGGGAGCUGGAGGCAAAUACAGGGAAGGAUUCCUGCUCUAGCUCCAAAGUUUCCAAAGCUCAAACACCAGAGGCAACAGAGGAAGAAGUGAAAGAUGAGAUACCCGUCCAAGCUAAGAGGAGAGGUAGAGCAUCUUGUGCUCAGACCAAGAAUACUAAAGAAACUCCUCAUGAAGUGGAGGUGAAAGAAGAGAAAAUAGAGGAGAUUGUUGCAAAGAAAGGCAGAUGUCGGCCUUCUGCCAUCCAGAAAAACAGGAAAAAGCAGCAGGAAGAAAGUGAAAAUUCCUCCAAUUCCCUGGAACAGGAUACAGAAGGGCAAUCAACGGAGCCACAGACUCAGACCAGCGGCGCGUCCCGGAAACGACAGGCUCCUGCGAGCUCCUCUCCUGUGGCAAAGACUCCUCGCUCCUGUGCUUCCUCCCCUGCCCCUGGUGGACGAAGUAAAGCUGUGAGCCAGGCGUAUAAAGUGCUGUUCACAGGUGUAGUGGAUGAAUCUGGGGAGAGAGUUCUGGCUCGGUUAGGAGGCAGCAUGGCUAAAGGUGUGGCAGACAUGAACUACCUGGUGACUGAUAAAGUGCGUAGGACCGUCAAGUUCCUUUGUGCAAUGGCCAAAGGAAUCCCAAUCGUCACUCCACACUGGCUGGAAAAGAGUGGUAAAGCCGGCAGCUUCCUGCCUACUGAUGCUUUCCUCGUGAAGGACGCGGAGCAGGAGACAAAGUUCAGUUUCUGCCUGCACCAGUCUCUGAGGACGGCGAGGAGUCAGCCUCUCUUACAGGGAUAUGAGAUCCACGUUACAAAAUCAGUGAAGCCGGAGCCAGUUCACAUGAAAGACAUAAUCUCCUGCAGCGGAGCUACCUUUCUACCCAAGAUGCCCUCUUCUCUCAAGCCUCAAACGGUCGUGGUCUCCUGCGAGGAGGACUGGGCGCUGUGCGGCCCGGCUGUCGCCGCUUCCCUUCCAGUCGUCACGGCUGAGUUCAUUCUCACAGGAAUCCUUCAGCAGAGAGUUGACUUUCAGUCUCACGUUCUCUCUGUAGCUCCUGUACAACCUGCAGGAGGCAGAGGGAGGGGCAGGAAGAAGACAUAGCAUCAACACGGUCCACAGUGAAUAUUAUGCACCCAGUCAUUCACCUACAUACUGGAGCAGCCAGGUCUGUGCCAGUGUGUAUUUGUAGAUACCUUUUCAAACCAGAGGCCGACAGAAGCACUAGUGAGUCAGCGGUUUUUCUAUUUGACAAAAGUUGAAUGUUCGCAAAUAGACCUUUUUCUUUUAUACAUAUAUUGUCAAUACUGCCAACGUGUGUCAUUUUACUGUUAACUGUGAAGCGGUAAGAAAAGAAACUUGCGUUGAUUGUACAUGUUUCUGUUUUGUCAGAGAACAAAUGGAACAGCAGUAAGAAAACCUAAGGGAGUUGGUGUCUCUAAUGGGCCGUAUGCAUGGCGGCCAUUUUGACAGGUCACCGUAGGGAAACCACAGGUGUAAACCAUCAAAUGAUUGAUGUCUGAGUUCUGUUUAGCAUCCUCAGUUUCAGCGUGCCUGGUCGUUCCCUGUCACUGUCUGAACUAAACAGAGCUAUUGUUAAUGUGGUCAGUGUCACCUAUGCUUUUUAUGUUAAUCAUGUCAAAAUGACCGUUAUAUGCAAAGGGCCCAUUCUCUCAGUACAAGUCUUUAUCUUUGCCUUGUACAUAUGCAAUCAUGUAGUUUUAACAAAACAAAUCACGACACCGUGAUAAAUGAAUCGCUCUUUGUCACUCUCCUAAUCCUGUAUUCUUCACCUCUCUCUCUCUGUUCACAGUAACAAAAACAAGACUUAUCCCUGCACUAUCACUAAAUUGCUGCUACUAUGUGCUAAGUGCUUAAAGUCAAUCAGCCGCUCUGGCAGGUGACCAGCCAUGUUGAGACAGUUGUGUGUAAAUCAUGUUUGGAUGGUGGAGACUUGGCAUUGUGAUGUGUUUAGAGAUCCAUCAGCUCAGGCAGCCAGUAGACUGAAAAAGUAAGAUGCUUGUUUCCUGAUAAGAAGUGCAUAGUGCCUUUUUAUACCAUGGAACUACUAGUACAUCUGUUGUUCCUGUGUCUCCAUUAACUAUCACCACCAACUCCAUUAAGGCUUCAUUCAAUCCUAUUUCCUCCAGGGAUGAGACGCAAUAUACGUACCUGAAUGCUGAUGCUGCUUCUACAUCAAUAUCUUAUGAUGUUUGCUCUCGCCAUGCAUUUAUCUACUGUCUCUUUACUUCUUAGCUCAUUGUCUUGAACACACACUGAUCAGCCACAACAGUAAAAAUGGUAACAGGUUCUAAUAUUAGUGGCCAAACUGUAUAUUUUUGACUUGGUCAAGCCAUAAAACACGGAAUAAGAAAAUGAAAGUACAGAAAAGGUUUUAAAUCAUAUCAUUGAAAUCUUUCCAAACAACACUGCUGUAUCAUUGGUGUUCAAAUUAAAAACAUGUGAUAGCUUAUAAUUUAGUUUUUAGGCCUGUUGUAUAAGCUAAUAUCUUGAGUUUGUAUUUGCACCAAAAUCUGAAUUUUGUUUCUGUUAUUUGUGAAAACAUUAAACGUGUCCCAUAACCUGAAA